GAGUUCUGUUCUCUCCCACUCUGCUCAGAAUGGUGCUGGAAGGAAACCCUGACGUGGGAUCCCCUCGAACCUCAGACCUCCAGCAUCCAGGGAGCAAGGGCUCUUGCAUCCUCUCUUCUCCUGGUGAAGAAGCACCGCCAGGCGAGGAACCUGUCAAGUAUGGUGAACUCAUCGUCCUGGGCUACAAUGGAUGUCUGGCAAGUGGGGACAAGGGCCGCCGCCGGAGUCGCCUGGCAUUGAGCCGCAGGCCCCAUGCCAACGGAGUGAAGCCAGACGUUAUGCAUCACAUCUCCACACCACUCGUCUCCAAGGCCCUGAGUAACCGAGGCCAGCAUAGCAUCUCGUACACACUGUCCCGGAGCCACUCAGUCAUAGUGGAGUACACACAUGACAGCGACACAGACAUGUUCCAGAUUGGCCGCUCUACCGAAAACAUGAUAGACUUUGUGGUAACAGACACAUCUCCUGGUGGAGGAGCCACAGAGGGCCCUUCUGCUCAAAGUACCAUCUCCCGCUAUGCCUGCCGCAUCCUCUGUGACCGCCGGCCACCCUAUACUGCCCGCAUCUAUGCUGCUGGCUUUGAUGCCUCUAGCAACAUUUUUCUUGGAGAGCGGGCAGCCAAAUGGAGGACUCCUGAUGGUCUGAUGGAUGGCCUGACAACCAACGGGGUCCUGGUGAUGCACCCAGCAGGCGGCUUCUCCGAGGACUCUGCCCCAGGUGUCUGGAGGGAGAUUUCUGUCUGCGGGAAUGUGUACACAUUGCGGGAUAGCCGCUCAGCCCAGCAGCGGGGGAAGCUGGUGGAAAACGAGUCCAACGUCCUGCAAGAUGGUUCGCUCAUCGACCUAUGUGGGGCCACGCUGCUGUGGCGCACUCCAGCAGGGUUGCUGAGGGCACCCACACUGAAACAACUGGAGGCCCAGCGACAGGAGGCCAACGCAGCACGGCCCCAGUGUCCUGUGGGCCUCAGCACCUUGGCCUUCCCCAGUCCAGCCCGUGGCCGCACAGCACCUGACAAGCAACAGCCCUGGGUCUACGUCCGUUGUGGUCAUGUCCAUGGCUACCAUGGCUGGGGCUGCCGGAGGGAGCGAGGCCCUCAGGAGCGCGAGUGUCCUCUUUGCCGCCUUGUGGGACCCUAUGUGCCCCUGUGGCUCGGCCAAGAGGCUGGGCUCUGCCUGGACCCUGGACCACCCAGCCACGCUUUUGCACCCUGUGGCCAUGUCUGUUCUGAGAAGACUGCCCGCUAUUGGGCCCAGACACCACUGCCGCAUGGCACCCAUGCUUUUCAUGCAGCCUGCCCCUUUUGUGGGGCUUGGCUCACUGGUGAGCAUGGCUGUGUCCGCCUAAUUUUCCAGGGGCCACUGGACUAGGCUUUCCAGGGUCCUUGCUGCCACGCUGCCUGCCCACCCAAGUCCCCCAUCUCCUGCUGUUCAGAGGGAGCUCUGCAUGUGGGGCUGUGCCUGCUGGCGAUAGCCACACCAGGUGGACAUAUUGGGCUGUGGCCCUCCCCUCAACUCUAGCCUCCAAGAGGAUCCCUGAGAUCUCUAUCCCAGUCAUACUGAUGGGGACUUUAGCACCAGCUCUGCCUCAGGCUAAUGGAGGGCAUCCCAUGCCCCUGUCCUUCCUGGGGUACCCUACAUCAUGCUACCUACACUGUGCCCCUGGGGGAAUGAAGGGGCCAUGACCCCUGACUUCCAGCUUAGUUUGGUUGUGCCCUGAACCUGCCAAUCCAGUAACAGCUAUUCCUUCCUCC